AUGGCCCUCCUAAACCCCGUCUACGCCUUCAUGGUGCCGUUCCUCUUCAUCGUCACCGCGCCCCUCGCCCUCUUCGCCGGCAUCACAACCACCCUCGCCUUCUCUGUCCUCAUCCUGCGCGUCCUCAUCGUCUACCUCGACAUCGCGCUGUCUCUCGUCCCCUCUUACUUCAAGAGGCACCAGCGGCAUCCCCAAUCCCGCCACGACCACGGCCUUCGAUCCGUCUCUCCCACGGCCACGAGCAGCAGCGCCCACAGCGUCAACGACUAUGCCAGCCCCCCUACGCCCACCCAGCAGCAGGUCCCUCUCUUCAGGAGAAGGCGUCGCCGGCCCAGCAGCGCCACCAGCAUCGUGUCCGCGGGCUCGACCACCCCCUCGGGCAACGUGGACACCGGCCUAGGACUCAUGCCCAGCGUCGGCGCCGAACGCGACUUUGAGGGCAUCGGCGGAUGGCGCGCCGGCAAGGACGGCGACGAGGACGACGACAAUGCCUGGACGACCAUCAACUCGCGCUUCGAGUUCCCGUAUCCCCGCAGCCACCACAAUCGCACCCCCUCGGGCGGCGCCUGGCCGCCAACCCCCGGCGACAGCGGCGUUCUCAUGAUGAAGUCGCGGCGCAACGCGAGCCCCGACUCGCGCCAGUCAGGCAAGGGCCCAACCUCGCCCAACAGCUCGCGCACGCGGACGCCGUCGGCGUCUCGCGUGGCAGCCGCCAUGACCAUGGGUCACGGCGACAGCUACUUUCCUCUGGCCAUGUCGCCGGCCGCCACCAAAAAGGUGUCGGGACAGCCCGCUUGA